AUGGGAUCCGAAUCGCUAGAAGGCAAUGCUACUGAUCUUUGGCAAUACACACACUAUGCAUCAAAUGGCGUGGAAUGCCAAAGAUCAGGGACAUAUGCGGUUCUUGGCGAGAGGAACUCCGACGGAAGACGAGAAGACGAGUGGGAAUCGCGAACUCUCCACACAUAUAUCAUGCAAGAAGGGCAUAUAGCAUGCGAGAAUGACGGUCCUAGCGUGAUAAUUAUCGGGUUCCUGAUCGACUUUUGGUCUGACGCUCACCGUCACGUCGUUGGUGUGCAAGCGAAUGCGGAGAUGUCCCCUGUACAGAGAUCGGUCCAUGCUUUCCCACUCAGUGCAAGCGGCGACGAUGUAUCGGCCGGUAGACACGAUACCACCGAAGAUUUACGAGGGUGA